AGGACCCAAACACCAGCAGCAACAGCACACGGGAGCUUCACUUCUGGACUGUCCGCUGGCCAUCAGCAGAUACCUUACCUGUUCGCCUGUAUUAACUCUGCCACGUCUUAGCAAACAGCCGGUAAACGGAACGCAUGCAAUGUUUUCAUUUGGAGACACGACGUCCGUUAAAAAGCGCGAGAGCAGUAGGUGCACUUCACCGGCACUUUAACUGACCGGAACUGACAGGGGAUGCGGAGAUGCGCCCAGCCAUGCCCUGCGCUCGUCUUCCCCGUAUUUAUGCCGCGAUAUGUGCUGUUAGUUGAGAACUGCUUUAUAGAGAAUGGGAUGAAGUAGACACAAAUGUGUUUAUAUGCAGCUUGUGCUAUUAUUAUAGGCGGUUAAGAACCUCUUUUUCCCCAUUAAAGGACACCGGACAGCUCUUGUGCCCAGAGCCACUCCUGUCCCGUUAGAUCGCCAUCAAAAACAUUCAGCACACUGUAGUGAUGUGCUAUCUGUCAGUGUUAAUAAGAAUUAUAUAAUGUUCAGACUGUAAUCAUGGAGUCGGUGCGUCUUCACGCUAAUUUAUCGGGCUUUAUAGUUGGCUUUUAUAGGCUAACGUUAGUUUUCUGUUUUUGUGCCUUAGUUUAGACAGCAGCAGCUGGUCCACGUUAGCACCUCAUGCUAGUAUAUUAUCCUGACAUAUUCACCAAACCUAGAUGACAUAACAAACAAUCCGACCAUUAACUAACACUAUGAGCGAUCACUAUGAGAGAGUGAAGAUUGAGCUCCAGCAGAUGAAGGAGGUGGAGAACGAGGCCGCGGCCGACGAGGAGCAGCUGUCCCCGGCCACAGCCUCUUCAAUCCCCGCUGACGUUUCAUUUACGGCAUGGAGAGACCUGUCCAGAAGUAGCGUUAACGGGAGAAGUCGGAGUAAAAGUAGGAGCAAAGCAGACGGUCAUGAGAGACAGGUGAACGGUAAACAGCUGGCGGAUCCGACAGCGCAGAAGUCAGACUCUUCACAAGGACAGAGCCGUGUGAGCAACGAGCCAAACCUUCACAUUAAAGGAACUGCAAGGCUUUUAAAGAGUAAAACGGCGGCAAACGGUCACGUUGAGUCAUGUCUGAGACAUACAGAUGGGAAAUGUGAGCAUCAUGGCAAAGAGGACGGGAGCAAAGCGGCCAAAAAGAGGAGAGGUGUGACGGUGGACACCUCCAAGGCAAAGACGUCUCUCGAGGCGCUGAAGAUGAGCAUCAGACAGCUGAAGUGGAAAGAGUUUCCGAUGGGUAGGCGGACAGCCUGUGAUAUCUACUGGCAUGGUGUCUCUUUUCAUGACAAUGAGAACAUCUUCUCUGGGCAAGUCAACAAAUUCCCAGUCUGUUACGAUGCUGAUCAUUGCCACCAUAUGUUGCAGGUGUCACCUGGUGUGUUUGAAUAUGUACCGAGUCCAGUAGAUGAAGAGGUGAAAGUGGGUGUGAUCAGAGACACGCUGCGGCUCAUGGACCCCGCUCAGAGGAAACAACACGCAACGUCAAAUACAGGGGGCGGUUCACCAGAAGAAGCUAUUGUUGUGGAGACAGGAAGUGAUGAGAAAGAAGGCAUGGCGGAUUCUAUUUCAUCUUUGUGUUUAAAGCAAGUCUUCCCUAAAUACACCAAGCAGUUUCAGUACUUGCGGGUCGUGGAACGCAUCGCUGCCCUUUUCCUGCGCUUCCUUGGUGUCAAAGGAACCAUGAGACUGGGUCCGACCAGCUUUCGCACCUUCAUCAGGAACUGCAAGCUGAGUAACAGCAGCUUCUCGAUGGCUUCAGCGGACAUCCUGUACAUCGACAUCACCCGUCGCUGGGCUGCAAUGCUCCCCGACUCCAGAGAGGCAGGAAUGUGCCUUCAGGCGUUUAUUGAGGCCUUCUUUUACCUGGCAGCACGCAGGUUCAAGGCUUUACCUCUGCGGGAGCAGGUGCUCUUGCUGCUGGAGGUGUGUGAGGGGGCCCUCGAGGGCCAGAGCCACAGUGAGAAGCCACGGCCACACCGAUCGCACACAAACACAAACCCCGCCUCUUCUCAAACAUCAGCGCCAACCACGUUCAGCUCCCCUGCACUGACACGCCGACGCCACCGGCCGCUGCAACUCUCUGCUAAAGCAAACACAGAGAACUGACAAUCUCACACAUGCAAACAAACACUUCCAUGUCUUCUGAGGAACUUCCAGAGCUUUUGAAUAAAUAAACAAAGAAGGUAGAAUAAUGAACCGAAUUUCAUAACAUAUAGAAGCCAGGAUAGAAGAGGACCUUAAAUCAUUCACUCUUACCUCUGUGCAAUAUAGCUCAAGUUGAAUUGUAUAUAGACCGCUCAGAUAAAGAUAUUUCUUUCACCAAACUACACAGGCAAAAGUAACUGAAGAUGUUCAUUAGUGUGUUCUGAUGCCAGUACACUGAUACUCAAGACACUUGUUUCAGUGCUAAAUGUGCGGACAGCAUGUGCACGAGCAUGUGACUAGUCGCGUUGCUCAUACAGUAUGCUUACUUUCAGGUAAUAUGGGUAGUAUUUGUGUUAAUCAAUCACUGCAGGGAUUAAUGUCACGAGAUUCAGUGUUUCUUAAAGGGACGAAAUGUUGUCAUAACUUCAGAAAAGCAGCUAAUUUUCUCAACUGGCCACCUUGAACUGACAAGGCAGAACAACACGGUGGCCUUUUGUUAGGAAAUGGUGUUAACACCAGGACAUGGCACCAAGUGCACUCAAAGUUUACUAAGUUGUUUUAUUUAUACCCGUAGAGAUGUAUUUAUUGUUUUACACUUAACUGAGUCAUUCUCUGUAGCUUUGAACUGACUGAAUUGCUCUUGCAUGUAGAAAUUAUGACAGAAGGGGAAAGCAGGGGGUUUGCUGUGGUUUAAUGCAAGUGGACAUCUCACAAGAUUAGCACAUAUUUACACAGAUCAUUUAACCCUCAUUUAAUAUCACAUUGCAACUGCAGGCAUCUACAUACAAAUUAGGCUCGACUGAGAUGUACUUUUUAUGUUGAAUAAACAUUGCAUUUAAAAUAUUAUUUUGUAUGUUUUUACUUUUUCAGUUACAAAUG